AUGUCAAAACAGUUGCAGCUAUUGACGUUGGAGAAUGGCUCUUUGAAAAUUGUGUGUCUUGCAGAGGCCACACCCUUCGAAUCCACAAAGAACGCCAUUGAUUUUUUGAAAAAAGAAUUUAAUUGGACUCAAAAUCAAUCAACAAAAACGAGUCAUGAUGAAGAUCCAUCCUUGACCCAUGGCUACAACAUGGUCUUGAUCGGAUCCAGAGCCAUGAUCUCCCACUACACCAUUUUGGGUGGCUCCAAUUUAAUGGAUGAACGUGAUGAAGACGAUAUUUCACCAGAAAAGUAUAUUGAACAAUGGUUAUCGGAACGGGAAAGAAAUCUUACAAACACGAGGGCCCUCGACUGGGAUUUAAUUGCUUUGGAUGCUUUGAGCUUGAUUGAUUGGAUUCAGAGAAAUGAAACAUCAAUUCACAGAAUCACAUUAAAUCAUUACACCAAAUACUGUGGUGUGAAAAAGUCUUUAAAAGACGAGGUUGCAUUAGAAAGAGCAAUGUUUAUUUCUGACCAAGAUUGGAAGGAAUUGUCUUUGAAAUUGGAAAUGAAUGAUAGGUCAAUGGUGGAAAUUGAGUUGAGCAGUGACACAUCCUUCUUGAAUGAGUUUUUACAAAAACAAACACCUUCCAAUAGUUCCAUACCAACAUCAUUGCCACAAUUUUUUGGUCAGAAUGAAGUCAUGGUUGCGCCUUUGAUUUUAUUACAGGCAAUUAAGGAAAGUCAUAUUAUAUUUCCAGUAGGAGAUGUGCUAAAACAUUUGAAAGAUUUGCAUAUAAUCAAAUAUUUAGCAAACUAUUGUAAUUUAAGUACUUUUGAAAGAGGAGAUUUCUUUGAAUAUCUAAACACAAAGGAUCCUCUCAUGAAAUUUUUCUACAAUCGAUUCGUAAAGACAAUAUGGGCUAGUUUACUACAAGAGAAAAUUAGUGCGUAUGGUAUUGUAGACUUGUUUAGUGAAGAAAACCCUCUUCAUGAAUCGGAUUUUGAAACAGCAAUUCUAGAUAUCGAUGACUAUGUGAAGUUUCCUAAUGAUAACCAUCUCACUACUGCCAAGACAGAGGCUUUAGAUAUUUACUACAUGUUAGAAAACAAGGCUGAAAUUUCUGAGUAUUAUCGCUCCACUGGAGAUAUUUCCAGCAGUGAUACAUCUGUUGCCUAUUGGCUCUGUGAUGAAGUCAUUCUCUUAGCCUUAGAAGAGUUUAUUGUUCCAAGAGUGAUGAAUUUCAACAUGCUAUCUGAAAUGAUUCUAAAAAGUAUUCAAAUUCUAUGGUGCAGGUAUGUCAAGACCAAUGUAGCAUGGAGCAUUGCUGAUCAUAUGGCAUUCAUUUAUUCAGACACAAUGGAAAAGUUGAGAACGUCUGAAGAAAUGAUCAUGGAAGAGCUCAAUAAUAGAAUUACUGUUUCUAACGACAUGUAUCUCACCAAGUCGGAUUAUUGUCAAGUUCAUGAAAUACUACCCUCUGCAUCCGAAUAUCACAAUGAGGGACUUGCGCUAUUUUCCUCACGUCUCUUUCUCAAUUCGGAUAUUCUUUUUCACAUUUUUGAAUAUAUUCCUCAAUAUUCGUCUUUGAAGAAUUUACAAUUAUUGAAUAAGGAAUGUUAUCAAUUUAUGAAUGGCUCCAUAUUUUGGAAGAGAAUUUAUUUUCGACACUGGCCGCUUCCUGCACAUUAUGUGAAUUCAUUGUCAGAAUUAAUGACUGAUGAAAAUGAACAUGUCAUUACGCCAACAUCACCCAACCAACUAUGGAAACGAUUAUUUGCUUUGAGAAGUGCAGCUCUUGAACACCAAGUCGAGAAAAUUAACACAAAAUUCUUCCUUAAAAAGAAACACUUUAAUCAAUUAAGUUCAAUCCUCAAAAAACGUUUCAAAGUGAAAAUGAAUGAUCCAUUGACAAGAUUUGCACAAGAUUUGUGUUAUCAUACAGUAGUAAUAAGUCAUUUGGUUGAAUCAAAAUUGGAUCGUUAUGGUGAGGAAUAUCUGACGAUGUUCUCUCCUUAUUAA